AUGAUGGCUAAUGUGCACCUAGAUUCAGUGGUCAAUUUUGAUUUAAACCUUUUGCAAUCUUCAACAACCGAUGUGACUUUACAGAAGGUUCCACAUCCAGAUAAACAAAGACAGUCUAUAUUGAAUGUGAAGAAGAAGAUUGUAGCAAGCAAUGCACUGCUGCAAAAAUUUUAUAAGCAACGAGAAAAGCUUGAAGAAACGGAGAGUCAACUUUUAGCAGCAAAAGAGGAGUGUAGACAAGCUUGCAUUGACUAUAAUGUAACUUAUGAAAAAUACACAGAGUUAGAAAAGGAGACAGUGAAGCUAAGAUUGAUAAAUCAAGAUUUAGCAAAAAAUGUUUCUUAUUUGGAUAAUGAAGUUGAAGCUAUGAAGUCACAUACUUGUCAAUUACAGUCACUUGUGAAGCAAAGUGAAACUGAGAUAGCUGGAUUAAAAUUAGAAAAGCAACUAGAAAAAAGUAGUGAAAAAGAAUUUCAUAAAAAGCUUGCUUCAUUUGAAAGGGAACGUGAAACUUACUUACGUGAUAUUCGAUGGCUGAGGGAUGUUAUUCUUAAGAAAAAAAAGUUAAACCAAAUUCAAGAUAUACUUAAUAAAUAUGAAGAUGAAAAAGAAAAUUGUGAGGUAUCGGAUAACAGUUGUGAUGAAGGUAAUUUUGAUGACAGCCCCAUUGGGUCACCAGUCCACCAAAUAUUAAACAAAGAGGUGAAGAUAGUAGAUGAUGAAGUGAAGGUAAAUGCUAUCAAGAAUUCAAAUGAAUAUGGUACCACUAAACUGAAAGAAGGUGACAUUGUUGAAGACUAUGAAAAUUAUGAUUAUUGCAAUGAGAUUGUUAGUGAAGAUACAGGCAGGGGAUCUUCUUUGGCUUUAUCAGAUAAAUUUAUAAACAGUCCAGAUGUAGAUAACGAGGUUGUUGACAAAUGUGUUGAAUAUGUUGAUGUUGCCACAAGCCCAAUUACAAUAGUAGAAGAACAUAUAAUACCUAGUCCAGUACAUUUUGAUGAUGAAGCAUUACUAUGUGAGAAAAAUGUGAAUGAUAUCACAUUAAAGAGUCCCGAAUACUUUGUCACAGAUAUUCCCUUUAGUAAUGAAAUAGUGACUAUUAAAGAAAAACCACAAUUGAUUGAUGCUUGUACAAGUCCUGUUCAUCAGACUGUUGAUAUGGAAAAUAAAUGUACCAGUCCCAUUAACUUCAGUGGUACUAAUGAUAAAUUAGUUGAUAACUGUAAUGGUAGUGCAGUGCACAAUAUGAGCUUUAAUACUUUAUCCAUUAAUAGUGAAUUAGAAAUAGAAAAAAAAUCGCAAGAAAAUAAAUAUUUCGAAAAGGAAAAUAGUAAGCAGCCAGUAUGUGAUAGAGUUACUGAUUGUGAAGUAGAAAUGAUCCUCAAUAGAAUGCGAUUACAACAUAAAGCAAUCAGCCCAAUUCCUAGACGUAUGAAGGAUUACUCUCGUAAAAAUAAAGAAGAAUUGCAUAAGGAAACAGUUCAACAACAUAACUCAUGUUCAGAAGCUCUUAAAGUUAGGGAGGAAAAUAAAGCUUUACAAGCAAAUGUUGAUAACCUUUGUAAAGAAAUAAUGCUCAUUAAAAGUCUUUUAAUAAACAAAAACUCCUACAAUCUUGCAAAUCAAAUUGAGAAUAUGGACCAUUUUGCAACUGUGGAUAACUGUCUUAAAAAUAAUAAUUCUAUUGUACCAAGUAAAAACCUUGAUAAUGUUAUCCCCGAAAGUAUGACAAUUAAUGAAGAUUCAAACAUAAGUGAUUUUGAUGCUGCACAUGAAGUUGAGAAUGAUCCUAUAUCAUUGAUUUCUAUUGAUAAAUCCCCACAGCAUAAAUCUCAGAGAAAUACGUCCAGUUCAGACGUUGAUUUACAACAACACCAAUUUGAAGAGUCUCUUGGAAUCCCAGAAGAUGAUAAUGUACUGGAGAUUCUACAUAAGGAAAAAAAUUGUGACAUUGUAACAGACAUCAAUUAUCUUCAAAGAACAUCAGAUCAUUUAAGGCGUUGUAAGUAUGAUCUCUCUCAGAAUGCUUUUAGCGCAAGAUCAAAGCCCCGUAAAUUAACAAAGCUUGACAGAUUUAAAAAGAAAGUAAUAUCUAAGAGUAAAAUAAAAGCUGUAAGUAUAUCGCCUAAUAGAAAAAUUAAAAGAGUGCCACUAGUUCCAUUUGUUAAGAAAGACGUAAAAAAUAAACCUAUGGAAAUCUUAAAGAAUAAAGAGGCAUAUAACAAGGCGUUAAAGUUAAUGGUUGAACUAAAAUCUCAAAAGAAAUCAAACAUCAGGACUUUUAGACGAAAGAUAGCUAAACAAACACAGGUACAAACCUCAAAGACAACAGACAUAAAAAAGAAAGUAAUUGAAAAUAAAUCUUGCGACACAAAUUCGAAGGAUACUACAACAUUAAAAGAUACACAAGAAGGAAAUGAAACUAAUGUGCUGUUAAUUCAAAAUAAAAAAUAUCCUGAUUAUACUCCAUUGAAAUAUGAACACAAUAUAUCCAAAUUAACUAGCCAUGAACAAGAAGCAGGUUUAAAAAGAAAGAGUGAUAAGAUUAUCGAUUUAAAUCCACCUAGUAAUGAUUGUGCUGCUGUUCAAGAAAACAACAAUAAUGACUCGGUUCAAACUAUGAGUUUAGUUAAUACGGAUGAAAACGAUACUGUUAAUCCCAGUAAAACUAAAGCAACUACGCGACGACGUAAACGUCUUACUUCCGAUAGUUUUAAUAUUAGUUGUAAAAGAUUGUUACGUAGCUCUAAAACUAACGAAAAAUCUUCAAAUGAAAAAAGAUCACUUCCAAUAAAUUACGAUGACUUAGAACUAUUUACCAGUGCAAAGGAAAACAUAAAUAAAUCCUCAAAUGAUAAAGAAAAUUCAGAUAGUGAUACAUCUAUGUCGCAAAGCCUUAUCAAGAAAAGAAAACUAAGAGAAAGGCCUUCAUUAAAUUUCUUAAAACAUUCAAGUAACCGAUUGUUAAGAAGUACUAGAUCAUCAGAAAAUAAAAAUUUAAGCCUUAAUAGUGAAAACCUAGAUACUGAACCAGCAAUAUUGCUGAAUAAUGAAGAAAUCCAAAAAGAGGAGAAAAUAGGAAAAUCACAACUUUCUGAACUCAGCAGGGAAAGAUUGGGUUGGUUGGAAUCGGGUCAGACAACUAACAGUUCUGUUCAAACUCAAGUAUUUAGUAAUAGUGUAAUUUGCAAAAUGAUAAAUAAAUAUGGAAAAAAUAUUGUAAAAACAUCUGCGUGUAAAGUAUCAGAUAAAAUUAGAAAUUCAGUUUGUGAGAGGAUAGAUAAGACAUUAACUGAUAUUAUAGACAUACCGUCCGAUAAGAUUCAAUUGACACUGGACAACCUCGCUGAAGAUUUAAAAAGGUUUAAUAGAACGGGAUUAAUAGCUGGUAUUAUGAAACAUCUUCAAGAUCCAGCUAGGAAACUAGAAUUACAUAACAAAGUAACCGGACAGGUACCCAUGACCAAAAACGAGCACUACACUUUGUAUGUUAUAAGGCAAUUGAAUACAACCAAAUGCAAUAUGGUUAAUGAAGUAUUAGCAAAUAUAGAGUUUGCCUUAUUUUGCCUGAAUAAGUCCCCAAAUUUUGAUACAAUCGAGAGUCUAUCACAUUUCUAUGCAGUGAUUUGUAGGAUCUUCCACUUGAAAAAUCGCUUAAGAACGUUUUUAUUGGACGCGAUGUAUUGUUUAAAUUUUAAAGCGCUUCCCCUAAUAAAACAGUGCCUAAGUACUUGGUCGCAUGUUUUACCCUUGGCACACAUGCUUCAUGCGAAAUCGCCACUUGUUCAAUGCAUAGUUUAUCUACUCCAUUUUUACCAAUGUGAUCAAGACAAACUAAACAGGGUAGGAGACCUUCGGUGGAUUUUAAAUAAGAAGUACUUCUAUGACUUCAAUGACUGGAACCAGGCUAAAAUUCUGGAAAUGAUUAGCGAUUCUAUAAAGACUAUAAAAGAUGAACCAGCAGAGAUGAAUAUGUUACGAAUUGCAAUGAUUUUGUUUGCCAAGCGUCAGGGAGUCAAGUGGUGUCAAAAAAAUUUCAUCAACAAUCUCCUUCUACCCAUAAUAGAAAAUGAAAACUCGUCAAAGGAAACUAAAAUAUUUUGUAUAAAAUUACUCGGGCCACUGCUUAAACCCUAUCCCAGUGACAUGAAAGUGCAUUCUGAGAUAGUACUCAACAAAUUACUUAAUAUGGUAGAUAAUGAUAAUUUAUCACAUGAUAUAAAGGAAGCUGUGUUUACGAGUUUAAUUUAUAUGAGUAGACAGAAUCCGUCGCAGGUCCUCCAGGCACUGAUGCACUGGCAACCGCCCACAAUCACGCCGCAAUUAGAAAACUUGCUCAAAGCCUACGUCCAGGAGAAACCUAUUAAAGCGUGGAAACAUUUCCUUUUAAAGGCAUGCUGA